GUUUUUCAUCUUGUCAGUCUGCCUUCCUGCUUCCACGGGAGCGGGUCGAUCGGCCUCUUUUCCGCGCCGCGUUUCCUGUGCCGAUCUUGUCUACGACCGAGCUGUCACAACACACGCGAGGACGAUGAAGUAUCGCGUAACGAGCCAACUUCCGACGAGGAUGAUGUGCGUCGUCGUACUUACGAUGACGGGGGCAAGCGCGUUGCCCACCGAGCCCUUGCCCUCCGCCCUACUAGACGGCAUCGGUAACGUCGCAAAUACCGCAACCAAUUUUCUAACGGGAGUCGUGCAACGGCAAAAAGAACUAUUGCAUCGCGUUACGGAUACUGCCGCGGAAUACAUAACCAACGCGGUGGAGAGGCCGAGAAAUUUAUUAAUCAACGCCACCCGAAUGACAACCGGCGUCAUCGACAGCGCCGCGUCGAUGGGUCUCGAGUUCAAGUUGAGAAGAUUCUUGGAGAAAUUCCGCGCCCGAAUGGGCAACGGCAUCCCGGAGCUAGGUAUCCCUCCGCUCGAGCCUUUCACGCUCGACGAAAUCGACAUCGAUACGGAUAAUCCGGAAAUAGGAAAAAUAAAUUUAGUGAUCGAAAACCUGGAAUUGAGGAAGUUAUCAACUUUCCUGAUUGACCGAGCCAAGUUGUCGCUAAUUGGACCUACCAUCGCCGUCAACAUUUCCAUUCCCGAGAUCUUCGCGACGGGCUAUUAUAACAUAUCUGGUAUAUUGGGCGACUUAUAUCCGUUACGCGGCGCAGGCCCCUUCGAGACCACCGUGCGCGGCUUUCGUGUAUACGUAAACACCGUUCUGGGCUACGCUAGAGGAAUGUACUUGAAGAGGUUCGACCUUGACUUCUCAUUGCGCGGGAUCAAGAUAUAUCUGGACAACUUCAUGGGCGGCGAGAAGAUCGGAAAAAUUAUGAGCAAAGUCUUUGAGGAGUUAACACCGGAAGCAAUGGACAUCAUUAAACCGGACAUAUUGCCGCCCAUUCAGGAUUACGUAGCGAGCCACGUGAACGAGACAAUUCAUCAUCUCACCAUGAGAGAUAUGUUUCGCAUUCUCCUGGGCGAAUACGAAUUCGGUGACAUCACGCAUCUAUUGAUACCCUGACAAGAAUACCAGUGAAAAAUCGUAAAAAAAAAUCGAAUUAUCGGGUCGCGCAACAAGCGCAAUAACACGAGCUUAACGCUUCUAACAAUGCCUGAAAACUAUCCUCGUACAAGAUAUAAGAAGCUGAAUAAUCGCAAUCGAAUACGUGAAAGUUAAUAGAAUAGACGAUCGUCGUAAAACGGGACAGAGUCGGAUUGACUUUCAAAUCAACUUUAUAUUACGUAAUACGUGUAACGAUAACUUCGAAGGUCUUUGACUACCUUGCCAGUAUAUUGUAUAUCGUUAAGAGUUAAUUGUUAUACACUACAUAGUUACGCUAAACGCAAUAUGCGCCAUAAAUGUCGGUUAGUAUUAUUAUUAUCUGGAAAGCAACAUGUGAUAGAAUUAAUGUUGAUGUUUUGUUAACUGUUAUAAAAUAAUUAAGUGACAAUGUACAUGUUGUAAAUGGCACCGCAAUUUUAUCGAAUAAGAUCGUUGCAAUGUGUAUAUAGUAAUUACAUAAAAUUUAUUAAAUAUUUAUAAUAUUGUAGGUUCACAUAUUUGUGUAUGUGUCAAAUUAUUCGAAACUUUAAUAUAAAUACUGAUUUAACGAUUAGUAAUCGAUUCUGCGUGAGAUUAAAGAAAUUUCUCUUCCCGAUGUCUACCUUCUUUUCAUUAAAAUGUAUUAUUGUCAUUAAAUUGUUAAAGUAAGUUUGUAAAAUAAAUUAUAUAAGAAAAGACGAGAAAUAAUAA